AGCCCGGAGCCGGGAGGAGGCGGCGGGAUCUGGAGACAUCCCCAACGGAUGGUUUCUGCCCAAGCCUACACAGCCAGUUACCAGAGUGCUAGUGCACGGAAGGGCCUGCCAGGGGAAUUUUCCAAGUGCUCCAGCCCCAGGCCUGGUGCUCCUGAGGUCAGCGGGGGAAGCCAGCAGUGCCAGUGGGAUCUGAGGAGUGGCUGUAGCCCAGGCCAUGCCAGGCCAGGGACUGCCCCUGCGUGUGGCCACCCUGCUGACGGGGCUGCUGGAAUGCCUGGGCUUCGCGGGCGUCCUUUUUGGCUGGGCAUCCCUGGUGUUUGUCUUCAAAAAAGAGCAUUACUUUGAGGAGCUGUGUGAACACGAUGCCAGGCUGAUGGGCAAUGCCACGGGCAUGGAAGAUUGCAAAGCCCAGGAUGAGAAGUUCUUGCUCAUCUUCACCGUGGCAUCCUUCAUGAACAACUUCAUGACCUUCCCCGCCGGCUUCAUCUUUGACCGUUUCAAGACCACCGUGGCCCGCCUCAUAGCCAUAUUUCUCUACACUAGUGCCACGCUCAUCAUAGCCUUCAUCUCUGCAGGCUCAGCGAUGCUGCUCUUCCUGGCCAUGCCCAUGCUUUCCGUCGGGGGAAUCCUGUUUCUGAUGACCAACCUGCAGGUUGGGAACUUAUUUGGCAAACACCGCUCGACCAUCAUCACCCUCUACAAUGGAGCAUUUGACUCUUCUUCGGCCGUCUUUCUCAUCAUUAAGCUCCUUUAUGCAAAAGGCAUCAGCCUCAGGGCCUCCUUCAUCUUCCUCUCUGUCUGCAGUGUGUGGCAUGUUGGGCGUACUUUCCUCCUGAUGCCCCGGGGGCACAUCCCCUACCCACUGCCCCCCAACUACAGCUAUGGCCUGUGCUCUGGGACUGGCACCAGAGAGAAGAAGAAGACAGCCACGUCCAAAGAGCUGGACCUACAGGCUAAGGAGUUCCUGCCACCAAAGGAAGAGAUCCCAGGACCAGGGCAGCUGGAUGAACCCCGUUCUUUCAAGAGCUCUGUUUUCUCCCGGCGCUUUGCCUGGCACCUGGUGUGGCUGUCUGUGAUACAGUUGUGGCAUUACCUCUUCAUCGGCACCCUCAACUCUCUGCUGACCAACUUGGCCAGUGGGGACAGGGCUCUGGUCAGCAGCUACACAAAUGCCUUUGCCAUCACUCAGUUCUUUGGAAUGCUCUGUGCCCCCUGGAACGGCCUGCUCAUGGACCGGCUUAAGCAGAAGUACCAAAAGGAAGCGAGAAAGACGGGUUCCUCAGCCUCAGUCACAGCCCUUUCCGCCGCGGUGCCUUCGCUGGCCCUGACGUCUUUGUUGUGCCUGGGCUUUGCCAUCUGUGCCUCGGUCCCCGUCCUCCCCCUCCAGUAUGGCACCUUCGUCCUGCAAGUAAUCAGCCGCUCCUUCCUCUACGGGGGCAACGCUGCCUUCCUCACCAUUGCCUUCCCUUCGGAGCACUUUGGAAAGCUCUUUGGGCUGGUGAUGGCCCUGUCAGCCAUUGUGUCUCUGCUGCAGUUCCCCAUCUUCAUGCUCAUCAAAGGCCCCCUCCAGAACGACCCGUUCUACGUGAACGUGAUGCUGGUGCUGGUCACUCUCCUGACCUUCGCCCACCCCGUCCUGGUGUACCUCGAGUGCCGGCAGAAAGCAACCUCCCCAGCAGCUACUUUUUAGCCCUCGGAUGCUUUUGUUUAUCUUUCUUGGAGCACCCGUGUCCAGAAAGACUUUGCCCACCCUGGCUACAUGUAUUAAGUAGCCAUUAUU